UAAUCUAUUCGUAAAUUUAUUAACCCUUUCUAAUUGAUGCCCAUGUAUGAAAUUUUAAAAAAUUUUGGCGGUUAUUCCGGUUAAUCCAAGAUCAAGAUGACAGAGGCUCUUGACAUUGGUAGGGCCUUACUGGCUGAACUUAGAGUUUCUCGGGAUAGAAAAGAAAAAGAAUUGACUGAGAUAUUGACAGACGUAAGAAACAAAAAGUCAAACCUAGAAAGAAAAACUGAGACGAUACAGAGUUUUCAGAACAAUCUAGAUAAAUGGCACAAAAGGAGACAGGAAACAAAGCAAUUGCUGAAGCAGACCCAGAAGCUAAAAGCAGAAUGUACAACAGCGAGGAAUAAGAUUUCUGAAAUCCAGUCCCAACCAGUAGAUGAUGAAGAUAAUAUUAGGAUAAUGAGACAGAGUGACAUGUUCAAAGAGUAUUGUGGUCUGGAAUUCAAAACAACAGCUGAGCACAUGAUUACUAUCAUUUUCACUAACAUUGAUGCUACUGACCACAAAAGAGAGUUUUCUAUGAGUUUAGCAAUUGAUGAAAACACUCGUGAAUGGACAUUUAUUUCCAGUGAUCCUCAGAUUCAAGAUAUCCCUGGCCUCAUAUCAAGGCUUAACAAAGACAACAACUUUCACACAUUCUGCCGAGAGCUACGCGAACAAUAUUUGCAUUUUGAUCAAGAGCAGAGACUCAAAAAAUACUCAAAAAACCAAAAAUGAUACAUUAUAGAUUUUUUAAUAAUUAUAAUAUUUUGUGUUAUGCAUAGAAACGUCCCCCAGCUUUCCUUGAUUUAAGAAU